CUUGGCCUCUACUGCUCACUGUUCUCAUGUGAACUCUUUCCUCCCCCACUUACAUUCCACUCCAAAAAAUACAACCUUUGAUUAUUUCUUCCCUAUAAAGUUAAGUCUUGAUGAUGAUGAACUUCUGAAUUUCAUACCCUAAACAAAAAUUUUCUUUAGUCUUUUUUGUACCCAUUUUAAUGGAUUUAACUUUGAUUUUUCUAUGUGUUUUUGGUUUGCUUCUCUUUGCAAAUAGUUAUGAUGGGCCUCUUUAUGAUUCUUCUGCUUAUACAGAGUGUAAAGCAUAUCCUGAGGACCCACUAUACAAUGGAGGAAUCCUACAAGCUUGCAAGGGAUCUUGCAUUAGCAAUGCAUCUUCCCCAACUUUUAUGCUGCAUAAUCUCUCCAAUGCAUUCUACACCUUCUCAGCUUGGAUAAAGAUAGAGGGGGUUGAUUCAUCUUUAAUUAGGGCAAGCCUAGAAUCACAACAUGCAACAUUCAGUUGUAUUGGAAGUGUCAUUGCUAAACAAGGAUGCUGGUCUUUCAUUAAAGGAGGAUUUGUCUUGGAUUCGCCUUCAGAUGUUUCACUUCUAUUUUUCAAGGAUUACACGGGAAACUCCAGCAAUAUAUCAGUAACAAGUGCAUCUCUACAGCCUUUUAGUGAAGAGCAAUGGAAAUUAAAUCAACAAGCUGUAAUUAAUAGAGAACGCAAGCGUUUUGUGACAGUUCAUGUGUCAAAUUUGCAAGGAGAAAGGUUGGGUGGAGCUUCAAUAAACAUUCAACAAAUCUCCAAUGAUUUCCCAAUCGGAUCCGCAAUUGCGUCUACCAUCCUUGGAAACCUUCCAUAUCAGAGUUGGUUCUUGAAAAGGUUUAAUGCAGCAGUGUUUGAGAAUGAACUAAAAUGGUAUGUAACAGAACCAGAAGCAGGAAAAACCAACUACACUCUGGCUGAUCAAAUGCUACAAUUUGUUAGAGCAAACCAAAUAACUACAAGAGGCCACAACAUUUUCUGGGAGGAUCUGGACUAUACACCUUCAUGGGUCCGAAAUCUCCUUGGAUCCGAACUUAAACGGGCCGUAAAUUCUAGAAUAUUGGGCCUUAUGAGUAGGUUCAAAGAAGAGUUCAUUCAUUGGGAUGUUAGCAAUGAGAUGCUUCAUUUUGAUUUUUAUGAGAAACGACUUGGCCCCAAUGCUACAUUGGGCUUCUUCAAAACGGCCCAUGAAGCUGACCCAUUAGCAACCCUUUUUAUGAAUGAGUUUAAUGUGGUUGAGACUUGUAAUGAUGAUAGUUCAACGGUUGAUAAUUAUGUUAGAAGAUUAAGGGAGCUUAAAAGAGGAGGUGUUACAAUGGGUGGAAUUGGAUUAGAAGGGCAUUUUAGUGUUCCUAAUCCUCCUUUUAUUAGGGCAGUCCUAGAUAAAUUGGGUACUCUUGGACUUCCUAUUUGGCUCACUGAAGUUGAUAUUUCUCAUACCAUUGACAAACAAACACAGGCAGUUUACCUGGAACAAGUGUUGCGAGAAGGAUUCUCACACCCAUCUGUAAAGGGUUUAAUGUUAUGGACAGCCCUACACCCAGAAGGAUGUUACCAAAUGUGCCUUACAGAUUCCAAUAUUCGCAACCUUCCUGCUGGAGAAACAAUAGACAGGUUGUUACAAGAAUGGAAAACUGGGAAAGUUGAGGGAAUUACUGAUGAGCUUGGUUCAUUUAGCUUCCACGGAUAUUUAGGAGAGUAUACCAUAACGGUUCAAUCUCAAAAUAGAACCACUAAUUUCACCUUUUCUUUAACUGAAGGUCAUGAAACUAAAUAUUUUAAUAUUCAACUCUAACUUUUAAUUGAAAUUAGGCUAUUUCAAUUUUUUUUAAUUAUUAUGUAUAACAUAAAUUGUACUAGUGCUCAUAUUUUGAGUUUUUUUCUUUUUAUUUUUAGUUUCUAGCUAUAUUUUUUAAAAAAAUAAAUGAUUUGAAAUUUGAUUAAAAAA